AUGAAGAUGGUCGAUGGCGAGUGGAACAUGACAGCGGGCACGAUGGCAGAUCUACCUGGACGGUGCCAGACAGUACCGAGGGCAGACCUCACCGCCUUCGCGAUCGCAAUCGAAGACGAUGACGGGGCGGAACUGGUCAAUCCGAUCUUCGCGGUGGGCAACGGCUUCGCGGACGCGCUUGCGACGGUGGCAGCAGAGCCCGGGAUGCGAUUUGCGCCCAUGUGCGACUCCGUGCACGACAAGCGCUGGCCGAUUGCAGAUGCUGAUCCUUGGUGUGCCGAAAGACCGCCCACAGCCAAGCCCAAAGUAAAGACUAAUAAUGCAACAGUCAUGGCCGAGAAGUCUAAGCACGACACGGUCAAGUUGAAGAAUAAGUGGUUUUGCACGGCGUGCUGGCAAUAUGUGACCGCGGACGCCUUGCAGGAGCUCGUGGACACGCAGUGCGAGACCACCUUUGUCAUUGCCAAUGAGAUUGUUGACGUCAAGGGUGAUCGCGUUAUGGGCAAUGGCAAGUUACACACGGCACACACGGUCAGCGAAUGGACGAAGUACGGCCUUUUGUUAUGUGCCGAAUGCGUUGCGCACGGCACUACGAUUGGCAAGGGUUUGAGAGAAAAGUGCGAGGAGGUCAUCACAAAGAACGGCCAGGACGCAUUGAACCGCAUUCGUGAUGGAAGAUAUCUUGGCUACAGAGGCCUGCCUGACAUGAAGUCGCUCAAGCACGGGGUGGGUUUCAUCGAGUGGGGCAAGUUGUGGCGGCAGUUCAUACUGCAGAUGGAGUCGACACAGUGCCUGGCCUGGACGCAGCGCAGCCUGCAGGACAUGGAGUCGCUCAAGCUAGGGUUGGAGUUUCUCGAGUGGAGCAAGCUGCGUCGCAAGUACACCCUGCAGAUACAGUUGGCACAGUACGUGACCUGGCCAGACGGUCACAUAGGGGAGGCGGUCGUGGGGUUCUCCAUCGCCGCCGACCUCACCCUGCUCAUGGGGAGGUCCCCUCGCAUCGUCCAUUGCGACACGGAGUAA